AUUUUCUUUUUUUGACUAAUUGCAUGAGAUGUCAAAAACAACCUAUCACCCUCAGUUUUAGUGUUCUAGUCCGGUUAACGAUGAAGAAUUGUUAAGCGUGAAGAAAUCAUUUGAUUCCGAAAUUUCAAUUUAUAACCCAGAAAAUGAGCUUUAAGACAUGAAUUAGGCACAGAAGGGUUUUUCACAACUCUUCGAUGACUAUGGAUAUAUAGUCUUUCGCAAUGGGGAUUUGGAAAAAUAGAAAUCUAUUUAAAUUAUUGACAAUGAAAGCUUUGCAUUUAUAGAAGAGGAAGACAACUCCUUAAAUUUGUUUCAUGAUCAAUAUAGUGAGUCCAAACAAAAAUAUGAUCCAAUUAAGAUUAAAGAAGAACCACCCCAAAGACCAAAAAAAUUUCUUGACAAAAACUUUUGUAGAUAUAUACUCCUAUAUGCAUUUCGUACAAUUGAAAAUAACUAAUUCGCUGAAACCAUUUCAAGUAUUUGCAGCUAAUUUUAAUUCAACUACAAUGACUUCAUUCAAUACUACACAAAAUAAAGAGUUUUGAUUAUGGGUUACUAAGCUUUGAAAAAAGAAUUAAUUUAUGAUGGUGACUCCAUUCAAAAUCAGAAUCGUAAGAAAGCAUUUAAAGAGGUUCUGGUUUGGUAUUUAAAUACGCUUGCAACCAAACAGAUUUUGUCAAGCAAAAAACAAAACAUUAAGGAUUACCUUAAAUUUAAGAAUUAUGUUAUGCUAUAUAACAUACACAAUCCAAAGGCUUGGACAGGAAAUAAAAUAUAAUGGAAUUGAAUAUUCACAUAUAUCAGUAAUGAAUAUAUAUAAAUUUAUUUCCUA